ACUCGAGGACAAGAUCGUGAAGGAGAGUUGUGCGCGAGUUUUCCAAGGGGGAAUGUACUUUGCGUACACUUUCGAUCUGACGCGAUCUCUGCAGCAGAAACAAGAGUUGUUGCCCGUUCGCAGAAGAAGAACGCGCUACUGGCUGACCUGGACGCUCUCGAUUCUGCGGGGCCGGCUGAUUCCUCGAGUGACGGCACCGUCGAUGCCCUGGUUGAGCCGCACCCUACUCUGCCUCUUGGCGCCGAGUGGAUCGACAGUUCUGGUGGAAUGAAUGGAUGUCAAGCCGUUUGUGGAUGCAGGGGUUCAUCCGUUCGUUUUGCCAGUCAUGCAGGGAUAUUUCAAAGCUCGACAUUCAACGUUCCCCCUUCCGAGUCUGAGGAGGUGACGCCAGCGGAUUACACCAUCAUAUCGAGGCGGUCGAGAGAUAGAGCGGGGUUGCGCUAUCAGCGCGGGGGCAUCGACGAUGAUGCCCAUGUAGCCAACUUCGUUGAGACAGAGACUAUCCUUCGUCUUGAGCGCGAGGGUCACCAAAUAUUUUCUCAUAUGUACAGCUCCGGGGCUCUAGUGAGCCCAUUUGGGGGGCUACACACUCUCAACUGCGACGUUUCUCCAGUCCCAUUAUUCUGGACCCAAACAGGACUUGCGCUGAAGCCUCCGCCUGUUCUGGCCACCGAUCGCACCCACGCCCAGAAUCUGGAUGCCAUCCGAAGGCAUUUCUUACACGCACCAUCCCAAGAUACGGUCCUCAUGUUGGUUGGCCCAGUUCUGAAUUCGCGCGACGGCUUAUUGACUGGCGCUUACCGCGAUUACAUGGCCGAACUGGCUGAGAAGGAUGCUGUCUAUCAUGAAUAUGAUUUCCACCAGGAGACCAAAGGAAUGAAAUAUGAGAACAUCUCGCAAUUGAUUGACACGAUGGAGCGUACAUUCGAACAACAGGUUUGGGCCAAUAACGGUGAUGCGAUCAGUCGCGCCUAUGCCGGCACCUCUGCCCUCAAAGGCGACUUUACAAGAACAGGCAAACGGGAUCUGAGUGGAAUGCUGAACGACGGUGUCAAUUCUCUCGCGAGAAUGUACACCUCGACAUUCAGCGAUUGGUUCUCCCAAGCUGUGAUUGACUUCACCCUUGGAAACCGGACGAUCUCGGUGUUUUCCGAGUUCCUCUUGAAGCUGCAAUCAACAGACCCUCGCGAUCUGAUUCGGGGAGAGCGCUUGCUUUCGGGGUGGACUGUUUUUGGUCCCGAAGAGUUGAAUGCAAAGAUAGGGGACAAGUUUGAAGAGAAGGUCCUCCUCCUGUUUCUGCAUUAUAUCAUCAGUUACGAUUAUACCCUGGAGAAGGUGAAGAUGUAUACCCGGAUCCCGCUUGAGACAUUACCCAGAUAUCAAAGGCUACUCGAUCCGCAACACUCUGCAAGCCCUGUCUCGCUCCGAUUCGACCUUCAAGAGCAAGUCUUUGGCUGCGGCUGCAAGCAUUUCACGCAUCUUCCUUCCUCUUUGGGACGGGCUACUGGACCAGCGAGCAGCUCGAUGACCGCCCGGAUGAUGGGUCCGACAGUGCCCAUGACAAACAGUUUUGCUGCCUUCAAGACCCUGCCGAUUGAUCCGACGCGGAGUCGUCGAGACAGCAGCAUCAGUUCGCUGGGCGGGAGUGCUUAUCUGGACUCGAUUGACGAGCUGGGCAACGCCAGCUGUUGUCGAGAGGCUGCAGAUUUGAUGGUUGACGGCAUACGACGAGCCUGCGAGGAUAUCGGCAACGAUGCCGACCUGGUCGUUGACCAAGACGUGGUCAGCUUGUCCGAGGCUCAGCGGAUGACCAGCAUGUACGCAAAGAUGGAAUAUGGAGUGAAGAGACUGCUUUGGUUGGGUGGUUGAUUCUAUAACGUUAGCCGAACGUUCGGACCGGGGUCGUGCGACCAACAUUUUGUAAUACUCAUCGUCUCCGAGGACUCUGGGGAGCUUCAUGUACAUAUCAUCCUACAUGCAUUGUCUGCUGUCCUCGUUGCCAGGCUUCUGCAAAUCUCCAAUAAUCACCGGUGAUGAACCAUCAAAUCGCUUGGUCGUGACCACAUGCAGACGUUCGGUUGGCGUGACCAUUGUUUCUCUCAUGCACCCCCACCACUAGGCAGUCGCGCUGGACGUACCAUAUCUACCUCUUCUUUCUCUAACGCUCUUUUCUCAUUCCAAUGCUCAUGUCAACCCCCUCCCAACCCGCUGGGCGCAUAUCGCAGGUCCUCCCCAGCGUCAAAUGCUCCAAUUGCAAUCAGCCUGUCCCUCUCGCCGAGCUCGGAGAUCACAUCUGUGCUCCUGUCCCCCCGCUCCCCACUCCCAAUGCCUCAAAAACGUCUGGUCUCAAUAUACCCAAGCCCUCCAUCUCUCCCGCAGCAGCAGCGUCGCUCCUACCGCAACGGUUGCAAGGUCUUGUUAACAACAAUAACAAUAACGCGCCCGGUGCUCCCCGGGGAUCCCUCCCCCCUCGCAGUUCCGCGGCCAUCCCCCCGGCUCGAACAGCGUCCCCCCAGCCCACGUUAAGGACAGCGUCUCCCCAGCCCUCCAUACGGGCAGCAUCUCCGGCACUGUCCCAACGCCCAAUCCCUUCCAGAGUCAACACGGGAGGUGCACCGUCGUCGUUCGCCGCUCCUCCGCGCUCGAGCCCGUUAUCGCGCAUGGACCAGCCUGCAUCGCCUGUGUCCGGUCUGUCGGCCGGCGUUACGCGUGCGAGAUCGGGAUCAUCGAGUGUUGGCGUUUCCCCCGUUUCUCCCGUCACGGCCCGACCUUCCUUCUCAUCUACACGUGAAACGCCGGCGGUGCAGCAACAGCCUCCGCGGGGGUAGCCAAGCCCUCGUUAAUCAACACGCAAUCCGGCGGGGAAGCGGGAAUGGCCGGGGUGGGCCGCAGAGGAUUCGCUGCUGCUGCGAGGGCUGCGAUGUUCACCGUUUCGCCGUCAGGGACCGGAGGAUCCACUGUACGCGCGAGUCCGCCUAGGAACAUCGACACCGGUGCUGCAAGCUCCACAUCUACGCCACCACUCUCGACCUCCACGGGAUCUUCUGGCUCGCCGGGAAUAGCGUCAUACCCGAAUCGCCACAGUCCCCAGAGUUGUUCAGCAGACGUCGUUCGCCCUCCCCACCAUCACGAACUGGCGCCCGUGUGCAUCAGUCUUCGGCGUCCGUCUCAUCACGAAGCAGCAGGUAUUCGAAAAAGGAACACUUCCGUUCGGAGAGCUCUGGGUCUGCGUAUGGCUUGGCCUAUGCAGAUUCGACGGAUUAUGAAGACGGUGACGACGACGACGACGCGGCGGACCUGAGGCGAGCCAACGAACGCGUAGCGCCAGCGCGAGUGAAGAGCCCGCCUGCGCCCUCGAUACGAUCUGUGCAGUCCUCUGCACGCGGGAAUACUCGACCGCGGAAAGAUUCUCUCUCCGACAGCGGAUCGGAUUAUGGUGGAGAAGACAGCCCAGUCAAAUCUGCGCGUGCAGGAGACUCGUUUGAUCUCCCUCGAUCUUCGAGUGACAGCGCACGAGGCGGUCCUGAAAAGCCCUCGUCGCGCAGUAUUCAUAGUCGUGCUGACAGCAGGGAGAGCGCUGAUAGUUCGUCUUCGCUGUGGCGACGUCCUGAGGAAUUGGCCAGUGUGCGCUCAAAGCCAACGAGCGAUAACGGGGCCUCGCAGCGAUCUCGAUCUCCCGAACAGUCCGCCGAGAAACCACAACGGACUGCACGCAAACCCAAGAUCUGUGUGCGCUGCGAGAAGAAGAUUGAGGACGGUAAAUGGGUGCAGAUGGACGAGGGCGGGGUUCUGUGUGAGAGAUGUUGGAAGAACAUGUAUCUGCCCAAGUGCCGGAGGUGCAAUCUGCCAAUCGAGAAACAGGCCGUAUCAUCCUCCGACGGACAGCUUAAAGGCAAAUACCACCGUGAAUGUUUUAAUUGCCAUGUUUGUCAUAAACCGUUCCCGGACAAGACGUUUUACGUUCACGAGCACAAGCCUAUGUGCAAGUAUCACUAUCACGAGGCCAACGAGUCUUUGUGCGCGGCAUCAAGCUGUGGACAGCCCAUCGAGGGCCCGUGCGCGGUUUCGCAUGCUGGAGACCGUUACCACCCUGACCACAUGCUGUGUGAAUAUGCUGCAGGCUGCAGGGAACGACUGGAUGAUUACUGGGAGGUUGACGGCCGCAUGUUGUGCGAACGGCACUCGAGAAGGGGAGGGGACGACGACGAGAAAUCGAGCUCCCGUGCGAUGAAGAGGAAGACCCGCUACAUUGAACUUGCGAAUGGGAGGUGAACCUGAUAAUAACCGCCAUUCUAGACGAUCCACCCCCUUAUGGACACAGCUGCUUUCCUUUUUCUUGGGUUUGGUUUCUAUCACUACUACUACUACUAUCUGUACACAGCAGCACUCGUUCCUGACUGCAUUGUACAUUAUCACAAUAUGCUAGUACCCGUUUAACAUCAACAGUUUGUUAAAUAUCAGUGCAGAAACUUCAUCACCUU